GCCCUCAGAGCAGGAGGAGAUCGUGGAGAAGCACAACGCCCUGAGGAGAGGAGUCCAGCCGACCGCCAGCAACAUGCUGAAGAUGACAUGGAGCAGCGAGGCUGCAGCCCACGCUCAGCAAUGGGCCGACACCUGCUCCAUGAAGCACAGCACUGAAGCCUUCAGACAGAUCAGCACCAGUGACUGUGGUGAGAACCUCGCCAUGACCAGCUAUAAAACCAGCUGGACCAACUCCAUCCAGGCCUGGUACAACGAGGUGCAGGACUGGAAGUACGGUGUCGGAUCCUACAACGGACGAGAUGUCGGACAUUACACCCAGGUUGUGUGGUACCGGUCCAACGUGAUCGGCUGUGGGAUGGCUUACUGCCCCAACGCCGAGAAGAAGUACUUCUUCGUCUGCCAUUACUGCCCAGCCGGGAACUACGGGUUUGCCCUGCCAUACAAUUCCGGACCCACUUGCGGAGAUUGUCCCAAUGACUGUGACGAUAAACUGUGCACCAACCCCUGUCCCCAUACUGAUCAGUACAGUAACUGUGCGUACCUGGCGCAGCAGUGGGGCUGCGGCCACAGGCAGGUGGCCUCCUGGUGCCCAGCCACCUGCAAAUGCGCCAAUCUGAUCAAAUGA